CGUUUAGAUAACCUGUCCUCCUGAAAGGACUUUAGUCUUUGGAGCUGUUAGCUGAGCGGAGUGGGACAAGAGCUCGGCAGGCAGGCAGGCCGCGAAAGAAGGAAGGGAGCCAGCUGCCUACUGCCCUCCCAGGCCCACCAUGGAGCCUUGUGGGGCCUGUCUGCGUGCACAGAGAAGAGAAGGGCUAGGAGGGGAGCAGGAGCAGGAGCAGGAGCAGCGACACUUCGGAGAAGGAAACGCAGAGCCGCACAGAGCCCUAGACUUGGUGCAAUGGACGCGACAUAUGGAGGCUGUGAAGAGGCAACUGCUGGAGCAAGCACAGGGCCAGCUGGUGGAACUGCUGGAUCGGGCCAUGAGGGAGGCUGUGCAGUCCUACCCGACACCAGAUAGACUUCUAUCCUCCGCUCCCUCUGAUUCAAAGAGCAAGAGCCGGGAGCCACCCCUUGGGAAACGAAAAGUUUUCAUCAUCCGAAAGUCUCUGCUUGAUGAGCUGAUGGAGGUGCAGCAUUUCCGUACCAUCUACCACAUGUUUGUUGCCGGCCUGUGUGUCUUCAUCAUCAGCACCCUGGCCAUCGACUUCAUUGAUGAGGGCAGGCUGUUGCUAGAGUUUGAUCUACUGAUCUUCAGCUUCGGACAGCUGCCCCUGGCACUGGUGACGUGGGUCCCCAUGUUCCUGUCCACUCUGUUGGUGCCCUACCAGGCCCUGUGGCUGUGGGCAAGGCCCCAGACUGGGGGCUCCUGGGCGCUGGGGGUGGCCCUGGGCUGUGUGCUGCUGGCUGCCCAUGCUUCAUUGCUCUGCGUCCUCCCGGUCCACAUGGUCCUGAAGCAUGAACUGCAGCCCGCUUCCCGCUGCGUGCUGGUCUUUGAACAGGUCAGGCUGCUGAUGAAAAGCUACUCCUUCCUGAGAGAGACCGUGCCUGGGACCCUUCGUGUCAGAGGAGGUGAGGGGGUCUUGGCCCCCAGUUUCUCCAGCUACCUCUACUUCCUCUUCUGCCCCACGCUCAUCUUCCGGGAGACUUACCCCAGGACUUCCAGCAUCAGGUGGAAUUAUGUGGCCAAGAACUUUGCCCAGGCCCUGUGCUGUGUGCUUUAUGCCUGCUUCAUCCUGAGUCGCCUCUGUGUCCCUGUCUUUGCCAACAUGAGCCGGGAGCCCUUCAGCACCCGCGCCCUGGUGCUCUCAUUUCUGCACGCCACAUUGCCAGGCAUCUUCAUGCUGCUGCUCAUCUUCUUCGCUUUCCUGCACUGCUGGCUCAAUGCCUUCGCUGAGAUGCUACGAUUUGGAGACAGGAUGUUCUACCGGGUGGGGCCCGGACCGCGGCCGAGCUGGACUCAGGGACUGGUGGAACUCAACAUCCUUUUCCAACUACUACCGCACGUGGAAUGUGGUGGUCCACGACUGGCUCUACAGCUACGUGUAUCAGGACACGUUCUCCUUGGUGGCCGGGCCCGGGGCGCAGUCAUGAUGGGUGUGUUCCUGGUCUCCGCGGUGGUGCACGAGUACAUCUUCUGCUUCGUCCUGGGGUUCUUCUACCCCGUCAUGCUGAUGCUCUUCCUUGUCUUUGGGGGGCUACUGAAUUUCACGAUGAAUGACCACCACACAGGCCCUGCAUGGAACGUGCUCAUGUGGACCUUGCUCUUCCUGGGCCAGGGCAUCCAGGUCAGCCUGUACUGCCAGGAGUGGUAUGCACGGCGGCACUGUCUUCUGCCCCAGGCACAGACAACCUUCUGGGACCUGGUGACACCUCGGUCUUGGUCCUGCCAUCCCUAGAGGUCAGGACAGCGGCACUCCCCAGAUGACAGCACCAAGCUCUUUUCUGCCUGCCAAGCCUGGAGCUGGAGCUCUGAGGUCUGCUCUGAGUCAAGGGCACACAUGCAGGGCUCCACCCGGAACCACAGGGACUCUGGUCUGGACACCCACGGGCAGCUGAGCAUGGACCAGCGGGAAGUGACUCUCGAGCUCCCAUCUCCGCGGACUAGGCACAGGUCACCCUCCCAGCUCAUGGCUGUGCAGACUUAUGGAGACUUGAGGGUCCAUAAAGAUGUAGUGAACAUGGGGACACUUGGAGGAAUGGGGGCCACCAAGGUUCCAGGUGGGUUUGGUUCUUAACUUUGUACUCCUCUCAACACAAUAAAGCCAUGUCUCCCUUUUCGUUCA